GCGGAGCGUGCCGCCAAGCAAAGCGGCGGGAUUGGCUCUCCUGAGAAGAAGCAAGGCGACGGGGCAAAGAAGCAGUUGGGUUCGUUGGCGGAGGCGAAACUGUGGACGGACCUGAGAAAGAAGGAGGACGCGAGGGCGGCAUUGAAAAGGAAGGUUGGGGACCUGGAGCGCGACUUGAAGGCAGCCAAAGCGGACAUCCAGACCGGGCAAAAAACAGGAGGAGUGGCCGACAUCGAGCUGAAGAAGGAGAUCGUCAAGCUGACGAGAAGGAUUGACGACUUGGAGGAGGAAAACUCCGCGAACGCUGCCGAGUUCAAAGACGCAAUGCAGGAGCGGCGCAGCAAACACGAGCGGGUUGUAGCAGACCUGGAGCAAGGAGCCACCGCCGCCCAGGAAGACUUGAAGCAGACGCGUGCGGAGCUGAACAGCGUCGAGAUGGAGCGGGAACAGCUGUCCUUGCAACUCCUAUCCCUCCAGCGCAUGCUCUCCGGAGACAAGGGCCAAGCAACUGCGGCCACCUCAUCCUCUUCUAAGCCCGCCAAACUCGCUCGCUCGCUGGACGUGCGUCCCGGCCCGUGA